AUGGGGCUUGGAGCGAGUCACUGUGUCGGUGUCUGGGCGCCAACUGAGGUUUCCAUAACAACAAUGGUGUUAGCCAUCAUUUUCAUGAUAGCAACCGUUCCAGGAAACUUGAUGGUCAUCUUGGCAGUUCUACUUGAUCCUAACAAAAAUCUGCGAAAUCCAUUUACACUUCUGGUGGCAAAUCUUGCCGUUACAGACCUUAUCGUGGGUGCGCUGGUAGAGCCGUUGUCCAUUAACACGCAUUACAGAGAGUCUCAAGGCCUGUCCAUCAGUAUGUCAUGGUUCUCUCAAUCUCUCUAUUUCUUGUUUUGCACGGCGUCUUUGUUGAGUCUUGCAGCACUUACUGUGGAUCGCUACCUGGCGAUAACAAAGCCUCUGUGGUACAGAGCUAACGCCAGUUAUGGGCGAGUAGCCUUAGCUGCCUCCCUGGUUUGGAUCCUUUCUUGUUGCUCCACCUCCAUUUUCUUUGUCGUUGGCUUUGUGGCUUAUGCUUUUGUUUUUGCCAACAUUACAAUGUUCUGCACUAUCUUUAUCUUCAUUUUCUCCUAUGUGCGUAUUUUUCAAUACGCCAAAAACCAAAUCGCGCAGAUCGACAAUUUGACCGAUGGUCAAACAGAGCUGAAUAAGGCUCGUCAACGAGCCAUAGAGAUGGAAACUAGGCUCACAAAAACCUAUCUGAUCAUGCUGGGCAUCUUUCUGUCCUGUUACAUACCUUCAUGCAUCAUGAUCUAUUUUAUGAAUCUUUGCCAGGAAUGCAGCUGUGAGCUGAUUCACUGGCUGAGAGAUUUCCAUUUUGUUUUCAUCACUAUCAAUUCUCUCAUCAAUCCCUUUCUUUACGCCUUCCGACUACCAAACUUUGAGAGUGCAGUGAAACGAAUGCUCGGUUGCGCAUCCCAGGUUGCCCCGGUAACCGUUACUUCGGCCAACGGGAUCACUAACAAGGACCCUGGUCCCAGGAAUUUGCUAUCCAUCAAUGCAAGGAGCACGUCACAAGCCCUUGAGAUCGAUUUGAGUAACGCCUAA